AUGAAUCAUAUUAAAUCCGUUCUGUCUGCUGACGCUCCGGUUACUGAGAAAGUUCUGCUAGAUGUUGGACAAGAACGUAGCUUCAUUAAUUCAUCUGAUGAUAACUUGAACCUAGAAGACAAAAAAAGAGGCCUUGAAGUUAACGUUUUCGCCGCAAGGUCUGAUUAUCUUUUGGGCAGUCAGUUGUCCCAUGAAGUUAUUGAGGAUGAGUAUGCAGGUAUUGUAGUUGAAGAUGAUUCUGCUUAUCCAGAAGUUAGGGCCGCUGUUCCUUCCUCUGAUGAUCCCACAUUACCACAAAACACUGUCAGGAUGUGGGUUAUUGGGAUGCUAAUGGCAACUGUUGGGUCUGGAUUGAAUUUACUAUUUUCAUUACAUUCCCCUUCGAUUGUUUUGAGUGCUUUUGUGACCAGCAUUCUUGCCUGGCCGAUAGGUAAGGCAUGGGAUAAAGUGAUGCCAGACGUCAAACUUUUUGGCCGCUUUGGGGGCCCUAGUUUAAACCCAAGUCCCUUCAAUUUGAAAGAGCAUUGCCUGAUUCAAAUUAUGGCAAAUGUUUCCUUCGGUGGUGGUGAAGCGUAUGCAACUGACAUUUUUCUAGCCAUGAAUAAUUAUUUUGAAGCUGACUUCGGUUGGGGUUUCGAUAUUGUUACUAUUCUUGCUACGCAGUGUAUCGGUUUUGCUUUAGCUGGUCUUGUUAAAGACAUUUUGAUAACUCCAGCUUCUAUGAUUUGGCCAUCUAACUUAGUCACAUGUACAUUCUUGACGAAUCUCCACAUCAAUGAAAACCAUAUGGCAAAUGGCUGGAAAAUCUCUAGAUUAAAGUUCUUUUUCAUGGUAUUUAUCAUUGGGUUUGUUUACUAUUGGUUCCCAGGUUUUAUCUUUCAGGCACUUUCCUACUUUGCUUGGGUAACUUGGAUUAGGCCAGAUAACGUAAUCAUCAAUCAAAUUUUCGGGGCUUCUACCGGUCUUGGUAUUAUUCCCCUCACAUUCGACUGGAACCAAAUAGCUGGUUAUGUGGGUUCACCUUUAGUCCCUCCAGUAAGUACUAUUUUCUCCAUCUUACUUUCUAUGAUCAUGAUUUUCUGGGUUACAGUUCCGGCAAUUCAUUAUUCUAACGUCUGGUUCGGUAAAUAUCUUCCGAUCUCUGAUUCGGGGUCUUAUGACAGAUUUCAACAAUCCUACAACGUUUCGAAAAUUGUUACUCCUAAUUUGUCAUUCGAUAUUGACGCAUACAAAAGCUACUCACCAUUGUAUCUUCCAGCAACAUUUGUUAUUUCCUAUGGUAUGUCUUUUGCAAGCAAUACUGCAACAUUAGUCCAUGCAGGGCUAUUUCACGGGAAAGAGAUUACGGGCGCGUUUAGAAAUGUCAAAAAAGAACAGGAAGAUAUUCAUAACAGGCUUAUGAAAAACUACAGGGAUGUACCUCACUGGUGGUACGGUAUCGUUUUCCUGGUCUUUUUUGGACUUGCAAUCGCUGGCAUCAGAGCAUGGAAUACCGAAAUGCCCGUAUGGGCCUUGAUAUUCGCGCUAGUUAUUGCAGGCGUAUUUUUAGUGCCAAUUGGAAUUAUUUGCGCUGUCACAAGUAUCUCAGUUGGUUUGAACGUCUUGACUGAAUUUAUUAUCGGUUAUAUCUUGCCAGGUAAGCCUAUUGCAAUGAUGUUUUUCAAGACAUUUGGCUACAUUACUAAUCAUCAAGCAGUGACCUAUGCACAAGAUAUGAAACUGGGUCAUUACAUGAAAAUUGCCCCUCGUUUAAUGUUCAGCGCGCAAUUUAUUGCCACUGUGUGGAGUUCUGUUGUUCAAGUUUGUGUUUUGAAAUGGGCCCAGGGAAAUAUUACGGAUGUAUGUGAUGCUCAUCAAAAGUCACAUUUCACCUGUCCAAACGCUCGCGUUUUCUUCAAUGCCGCAAUUAUUUGGGGAGUUAUUGGGCCACAGAGGAUGUUCAGCUCUGGCCAGUUGUACAGUAAAGUUUUAUGGUUCUUCUUAAUCGGUGCCUCAUUGCCACUUAUCAACUGGCUGGUUCUUAAAAAAUGGCCAAAAUCACCAAUCAAGUAUUUAAACUGGCCUGUGUUCUUCUCCGGUACCGGUUUAAUUCCACCAGCAACACCAUAUAAUUAUGGUUCUUACUGUAUGGUCGGUAUCACGUUCGGUUAUUUUAUUAAGAGAAAGUGGUUCCAUUGGUGGACGAAGUAUAAUUAUUCUUUGUCAGCUGCUUUAGAUAUCAGCUUGGCCUGGAGUUCUUUGAUGAUUUUUUUCUGUUUGACUUUAACAAACACUAAUGCGCCCAACUGGUGGGGGAAUACCGUCAUUGAUACUAUUGACUACGAGGGCACAGCAAUUCAGAGCAUUUUGAAUGAUGGUGAAAGUUUCGGCUUGACAAAAUGGUAG